UCUACUGCAGGCGAAAACGAAAGUCGGAGAAUCAGAUUGUUGAAUACACAGCUGGGAAGAUAGCAGUGGACAAUAUGGCAGAAGGAGGUGGUUUCAAUGUUUCAGUGCGGGGUUCUGAUGCAGAAUUUGAGUAUGCGUGUACACCGUGCAAAGAAGACGGUAGUAAUCAAGAAGCAGUGAAAUACUGCCCGGAGUGUAAGGAAUAUCUUUGUGCAGCAUGUACAAAAUAUCAUAAAAAGUUUUCGGCAACGAAGAAGCAUACCCUGCUUGAAAAAGACUUUCAGAAACACGAACAUUCGUUUGAAACCAGUGUGGGAGUAGUGAAGAAAAGAGACAAAUGUGAAGCUCAUGCGGAACGAGAUAUUGAGAUGUACUGCGGUUCACAUGAUAUGGUAUAUUGUACUCUAUGCAUUGCUAAAGACCACAGGUCAUGUACAGAUGUGUUUGAAAUUGAGGAGGCAAUCACACGCUUUUCUGUACAGUCAGACGAGAUUAUGGUUGAAAAGGUUGAAAGCGCGUUGAAACAAAUGAUUGAGAUGAAGCAAAACAAAGAUGAAAACAUCCAAACGGUCGAGAAGCAAAAUAAAGAGAUACAGAUGAAAGUACAAGAAACUAAAAUUAAAGUUAUUCAACACGUUGAAAAGCUCGCUGACGAAACAACAAAGACUGUAGACACUUUGCACACCAGUCUUAUACAAGAGUUAGCAAAUGAGCGGGAUACUGUGAUUAAAAGAAUUACAACGUUAGAAACCUGCAGACAACAACUGAAUUCCUCGGGGAACUUUGAUAAAAGCGAACAGUUUGUGAAACAAAAGCUGCAAAAAGGUAUUUUGUCUGCUGCUGAAAACCUUUUUGAUGACACUUGUCAGUUUGAAUCAAAGCAAAUCACAUGCAAAGAGAAUGAUGUGUUGCUCGAUCAAAUCAUGAGUGCUGCGUCCCUGAUACAAGUAGAAAGAAACGUAGUUCAGAAGAAGUCAACCUUGAACAUACCACCUAGCGUUAAGUCUAUGUGUAAAGUGAAUGUAAAGGAAUCUUCGGAUAUGAAAGAGUGUAACAUUGUAGGUAUCUGUCAGCUUUCAGAUGGAACCAUUAUUCUCGCAGAUUAUGCUAACAGUAAAAUUAAGCGACUUGAUGAUCAGUACAGAGUCAAAGAUCACUGUGUCCUAGAAGAAGUUCCGAGGGGAAUAUGUUACACAGGCAUAAACGAGGUAGCUGUGAAGCUGAAGAAUGAUAAGGUACAGUUUAUGUCAGCUGGUGCUCAGCUGUUAAAAACAAUUCAAUUUGAUAUUAAAGGCGGUACUUUUGUUGGAUUCGUGAGGUUUGCUGAUACUUUAUGGAGUUAUAAUGGAAAUGGUGCAGAUAUUUACUACAAAUCUGGGACGCUGUUGAAAACCCAUAAGAACGACUCGUCCGGGAAACAGUUAUUCAAAUCAACAUCAUCGACAUGUGUAUUCCCAGUCGCCAGUAAUAAAUCAUCCGUGUUUGUGUCAGACUUCAAUAGCAGACUUGUUUGUCUCGACGCUAGCGAGAAUGUAAAUAUGAUGCUGACAGAACCAAAGCUAAAAGAGAUCAGAGCUGCGUGCAUAUCCAGUUAUGACAUUGUGUUUGUGGCUGGAUAUUUAUCGCAUAAUAUCAUGAUGUUUGGAAGUGACGGCAAACCUCUGGGUGAAUUAAUAGCUUCUGACCAGGGCAUCAAGAGCCCCCAUUCAUUGUGUUACGAUAGUAAAAAGCAUAAACUGGUUGUCGGUUCUAAGAGCAACAAUAUUUCGCUGAUAGAGCUCAGUUUGACAUCCUGUUAAGAGGCUAAAGAAAACCUUCAGGUAAUCUAUAAAACCACACCUGUUGCCAGUUGGAAGUGUUAAGCGAACAAAAUUGCUAGCCUCGAUGAAUGUGUGCAUAUGAAUCUGAAACUAAACAAAAAUGUGCAUUUCAAGUGAUCGAUUUGUGUUUGCUGCAGACGUUUUGUCUAACAACAUCACCGUGUUUGAAAGUGAGUGCAGUUAAUGUAUGACUGAACUGGUAGCUCAAAAGCGGGGAGUUAAGAAUCCCUAGUAGCUUAGUCCGCGUGACAAUACAUAAAAUGUUCCAAGAAACAAUAACUGACUGUUAGCUGGUAUUGCAUGUAUAGAUUGACUUUUGAUAUUUGAUACCUUUAUUCCUGUGUUUGUAGUUGCUUUAGUUUAGUUAUAGUUAAAGUUAAA